CUUUAUUUCUUCUUUUAUAAGAAUCUAUACGCCACCUAUUCUUUUAUUUUACCUUACCUUGUUUUAUUUUCUGUGUCCUUUUAUAUAUAUAUCUUUGUAUAUUCUACAUUCUACAUUCUCAAUUCUCAUUUACCAUUACACUUCAAGCCAGUGUAAACAACAAUCGACUAGGGCCUGGCUUACAUGAAGCAGUAGAUGAAUCCCGAGAAGAUUAUCUAGGUACUGCUCAACCACGUGUAUAAAUAAAUUACCGUUACUAUGGUAACACCCGCCUCUAUGGAGCAGCUGUCUUUUGGGGAUUCUGAAGCGACACAUUGCACUUCUUGGGCAAUGUUAAGUACAGCAGAACCCCAAGGAAAGAACAAUAUUAAAGAACACUAUAACUGUAUUCGACCAACAAAUGAUUGCUUUGAUUUUGAAUAUUUUGAUACAAUGCCUAUGAAUUAUCUUGAUACUGAACCUGACAAUGAUAGUCAGGUAUUUCGGUUUCCUAAAUUAAAUUCGUCUCAGUCAACACCAACUCGACCAUCGAGUGCAAUGUCCGGACGAUCCGACACAUCUUUGUCUGAGCAAGACGCAGAAGGACAAUCCCGGUUCCUAAAUGAGAUUGGAAAGGCACGAGAGCAGCUGAUGCGAUUUCGGAAUGAAAUGGAUGGCCUAGCUAAACAAAUGGACGGCAUUGAGAUUGAUUUGAGAGAUUCAAAAAACAGAGUGUUAGAAAUUGAAGAAGAUCUUACUACCACCCAAGAAGUCAAUGUCAAUCUCCAAGUCAUUCUCGAAAGAGCCGUCUCAAGGCAGAAAGAGACUGAUGUUUCUGCAACCCGUACCAUGAAACACAUUCAUGCUGACUUGGCUAGUGUUGUCCAACAGAAUAGUCAACUUCAGGGAAGAUUGGCCACAAUUGCCAGUUACCAGCGUGAAUAUCAAGGAAAUGCCACUGAUGUGGUGGAAAGGAUGCGAGAAUAUGCAGAAAUGCUUGAGCAGGCUCAAGGCACCAUCCAAAUGCUCCAAUUUCCUCGAAUUCGAUCCGGAAUGCCCGAGGAUAUGAUCAUUGAGCUCGCAGUACAAAACACAUUAGGAACACGGCGUUUGAGCGAAACAUCCGACACGAGCACAUUAAAUAAUGAGCUAGAAUCCGAUCGAAUGAUUAAAGACAACCAUAGUCAUCAUCACCCCCUCAACCUCGGCCUUGACCUUGACCUCGACCUUGACCACAGCCUCAACCACAACCACAAUGUCGACCUCAACCUUAACCUCAACCUCAACCACAAUCUUAACCACAAUCUUAACCUCAACCUCAACCACAGCCGUCAAACUGUGGUAUCUCCUGACACAACCGAACUAUACCGUCAUCGGAUAAUCCGUAAACGCACAUCAUUACCCGGGCGAUCUCUGGGUGGCCCAUCUCUUUCUUUAGCACUUCCUCCUCAACCAAUACCUCUGUCAAAACCCAUGAGUCUUCCUUCUCGUCUAUUACCCCAACAAGGUCUAAAACUGCUAUUGAAUAAAUCCCAAGGCGGUCUGGGUGGACUUGGCGGACUGACAUAAAUAUAUUAUUGCUUUACUUAUUCCAUACUUACUUUUUACUAUUCUUCUUCUUUUUCUACUUCCUUAAGCUUACCUUUUUCUUAUACAAAUUUCUCUUCUCCUUUUUUUUUUCUUUCCUUAUCUUUGUUUGCAUUGUACUUGAAUAAACCACAAUUUUAUACAUACAUAUGUACAUACAUAC